CCUUGGUUCAAGGAUCAAGUGCCAGGAUGAACUAUGGAUGAAAUAUGGGUGAGAAAGAGGAAGACCUGCUGGAGAAGCUCACAGCGUAUGGUGGAUCCAGUUUUGAGCCCAUCCUCCAAGCCUUUCAUCAGGAAGAUUUCAUUGCGCUGGUGCAGCAGUUUGUGACAGAGCAUGCUCCGUUCUUUACAGAGACUUGUACAGAUGGUUCCCACCCGCUGGUGUGGACACAGUACCAUGAUGCUUACAAAGACAUCUUCGAAAAUCGCCUGUCCCGGAUUUUGCAGCAACUUGACGUCGAGCAACACGACUUUGCAUCGUUUUGCGACUGGUUGAAAGUGAAUGCCGACAUCUUCGAGGAUGACACAGAGGGUUUAUAUCCCUUCCUAUCUUCAAUUACAGCUUCUUUGGACUACGAAGCCUUCCUAGCCGUGAUGUUUGCAGAGGCUCGGCGCACCAUGGACGUCCAGCAGAUUGAUGUCCUCGUUCCCGAAGGUGCCGAAUCGGGGCAGGCCGUACUGGUUGAAUUUCUGGGGGCUCAGUACGAGGUGAUGAUCCCGGAAGGUUAUGGAGCUGGCAUGGUGUUUCAGACAACGGUCACAUUGCCCUAAGCUUUUCCAUUGACACUGUCGUAAACAGUUGACAUGCCGCGAAUCUUCGUUAAGGAUGUUAAGGGACCAGCAAAGACUUUGGAAGUUCGCUUCUUGGCGCUACAUCCUGGUCCAGUGAAUGCAAGACUGGCAAGACUCCUAAACUUAGGGACAGCAUGGACAGCGGGUGACAGCGAUGGACUUGGUGAAGCCAAGACCGAUGGCGCCCAUUCUUUGGCCGGUCUGGAUUUUGCCAGAGAUGUUGCAGUGAUGCGGACCUAGUGACGCAUUUGCAGAUCCUUGGCCGCGGCCAAAAGGGUGGCGUUGUGAACAUUCGCGAACUCUGGACCUCAGUCGCACUUGCAGCUGGCACCUGAGACAUGAAGUUGCCCUGCGAGCAUGGACUUCAGGCCGAUUCGCAACCAACUGUGCUGCACUUUGCGAAGAGUACAAUGCGCACUGGAUGACGUUGAAUGCUGUGGCAAGGUGUGUUCGUUGAUUCGGAUCUUUACAGAAACUUUACAGCAAAGUUCAGCAUCCAAAGCCUGGGGGCCCCAUGUUGGUUUGAGCCAUUGCGCUGGAGCCUCGGGAAAUGCCAAAGAACCUCAAACUUAAACCAAUGCUUCCCUUACAACUGAAGUGAUUUGCCAGAGACACGUUGCAUGUUGCCUUUGAGACACUAAAAUGUGCUCUAUCUGCCACAAAAAGUGAAUACAUGGCCACCAAACGUGCAAUGACAAAA